GUGAGUGUGAGAGAGAGAGACAGACAGAUAGUGUAUGUGUAACAUGAGCUUAUUACGUUUCUACAAAGUCCCUCCCUGCCAGAACGUCAGGAAGAAUUUCCCGAAGAGAGGGAGAAAGAGGAGAGGGGGAAAGAAAAAGAGCGAAAGAUCCCAAAUUCCCAGCUGUCGUCUCCACCUCCCUCCCUCCCUCCCUCUUACUUUGCUGGGGAGUUGACAGAGUUGGCAAUUCUUUGCUGUAGUUUGGCCCAAGUUGUUGCAGGGAUUGCCCUAGUCCCUCUCCCUCCCUCCCUCUCCCUGUGUGUAUAUGCUGCUCGAAUGGGGACCAGAGCGGAGCCGAGCGGCAGCCAGGAGCCGGCCGGAGGGACCCCGACCCCGAGCCCCAGCCCGGUCACGACCGAGAGAGGCCGCCGGGGCUGGCGGCGGCGGCUGCUGCUGCUGCUGCUGGGGCUGCCGCCUCGGCUGGCCGCGCUGCUGCUCGGCUGCGUGAGGCGCCUCGGGAGCUGGCGGCUGCCGCCUCCCUGGCCCUGGAAGAGGAAGGCGAGGGAGAGGAGAGUGGAGCCGGAGCCGGAGGGGGAGAAGACGGGCCGAGAGCCCCCCGGGGGGCUGCAGGAAGGAGGAGGAGGGGGGAGGGGAGUGCAGGUGGUGAACCCGGCCGCGACCCCCGAGCCCGAGCCCCUGGACAUCGGCUUCAACCUGGUGCGGCACCUCUUCGACGCGGCGGUGGUCUCGCUGCUGCUGCUGGCCUCUCCGCUGGCGCGGGCCGCGCUCGACGCCCUCGGCCUCCGCGGCCUGCUGCGCCUCUGGCUCCACGGCCUGGCGCUCUUCCUGGCCGCCUGGUGCGGCCUGGCGCUGGCCGCCUGGCUGCUGCGGGCCUACCUGGCGCAGCUGUGCCUGCUCUUCGGCGCCGUGCAGCUGCUGGUGCUCGGCGUGAGCCUGCGGCGGCAGCAGCACCGCCAGCCCGGCCCGGGCGACGGCGGGCUGGAGGAGGAGGAGGAGGGCCAUCUUGCGGGGCUUCACUCCUUGGCGAGCGGGAUAAGCUGGGAGCGGGACAAUGGGCUGGAGGACCACCGCUGGGAGGAGGACGAUGGGCUGGAGGACCACAAUAGGCUGGAGGACCACCGCUGGGAGGAGGACGAUGGGCUGGAGGACCACCGCCUCGAGCGGGACAAUGGGCUGGAGGACCACCGCCUCGAGCGCCGACCGUUGGAGGAGCGCGGCCUCGAGCGCCGACCGUUGGAGGAGCGCGGCCUCGAGGACCGUCUCGUGCAGUACGUCGAGGCGGUUGGCAGGACGACGACGACAAGAGGGCCCUGAUGGUCGACCUGAUCCUUCCCUCACACCCAAAACCAGGAAGGUUGGACCCCCGCCGCUGCCACCACUUUGUCCGUGAGCACCAAGGAAUCAUCAUCAUCAACAUUAUUAUGAUCGUUGACUUUAAAAGACGAGGUGACCGCCUUUCCAGAGGCUGCUGACCCGUGUGCUUAUUUGUCGUUGCACCAAACCCUCCCCAUUCCAACGAGAAAUGGCUUCACAAACUGAAAUAUUGAUGCCAUCCACCUUUUUUUGUAUUUUAGAUUUUACCCUUCAACCAGUUGCCUCUACAGGGGGGAGGGGGGCGUUGGUCUCCUUCCUGGCACCGUUUUCCAUGAAGACUGGGUGUUUUUUUUUGGUAUUCUCUCUCUCUCUCUCAUUUCCUCCCUUCCCUUUUUUUUUCAUUCCCAAGCAACUGAUGUAUUGGGGUAAA